UGUUGAUCGCAACGGACGUUGUGCUGUCGUGACUUGAAGACUAAAAUCACGGCCCGUAUUGUGGCUUGCUAGACGAUUGCUAACUCAGCACGAUUGCUAACUGAAUAUUCAGUUGAACCAAGUGAUAAAUGAUUCGUAUGAUUGGAUCAUCGUUAUCGACUCGGUAGAAAACCUCACUAUGUUGCGAAUUGUGAUAUUUUUGGCACUAGCAGUGUACCAUAAUGCACUAGGAUAUAAAGUGCUCGGGCUAUUCCCGCAUCCCGGCCAGAGUCAUUUCCAUUUCUUUCAACCUGUCUUGAAAGGCCUAGUGGAGGCUGGACACGAAGUAACGGUCGUUAGCCAUUUCCCUCAUAAGAACCCACCGCCAAAUUAUCAUGACAUACCGCUCGAAGGAAUGACAUCACUCUCGGAUUCUGUAAGCUUUGAGCUGUUCGAGUACCGGCCAGGUUUUGGGCACUUUAUGGAGUUUUUCAUGCUUUAUGGAUGGGGAAAAGAAGCGUGCUCUAACGCUCUCAACUCGCAUGCCAUUCAAACGGUGCUUGAAUCCAAGGUUCAGUAUGAUUUGAUCCUGGUGGAGCAAUUCAACAGCGAUUGCAUGCUCGGCAUUGCACAUCAGCUGAACGCACCUUACAUCGGUCUUAGCAGCUGCCCUCUAAUGCCUUGGCAUUACGAUCGAGUCGGUAACCCAACCCUGCCUUCAUACGUUCCGAGUCUCUUCAUGGGAUACACCGAACGGAUGGACUUCUCUCAGCGACUGGCUAACUGGAUCACGGUGCAGUCGUUCAAGGCAUUGUACAGUUGGUUUAACGACGCCGCGGCCAACAAAUUGCUGCGCGAGAGAUUUGGCGAAGGUGCAAUUCCGGACGUGCGCGAGUUGCAGCAGCGUACCUCAAUGAUGUUCGUGAAUCAACACUACUCCCUCAGUGGCGCCAAACCGCUCAGCCCAGCCGUGCUGGAGAUUGGUGGCAUUCACAUUCAAGACUUUCAACCACUCGAUGCAGACCUUCAGAAGCUGCUCGACACGGCUGAUCACGGCGUCAUCUACAUCAGUUGGGGCUCGAUGAUACGUGCGGAAACAUUGCCAGCAGAGAAACGAGAUUCUCUUCUGAAGGCGCUGGGCCGAUUCAAGCAGCGUGUUAUCUGGAAGUGGGAAAACGAAACCCUACCAAAUCAGCCUUCAAAUGUGCAUAUUCGGAAAUGGCUCCCACAACGAGAGAUUCUCUGUCAUCCCAAGGUUCGCGUAUUUAUGAGCCAUGGAGGAUUACUAGGAUCGUCCGAAGCCGCCUACUGUGGGGUGCCAGUCGUGGCCACGCCAAUGUAUGGCGAUCAGUAUAACAAUGCUGCUGCCAUGACCAACCGGGGCAUGGGCGUUGUAUUGGCAUACGAGGAUAUCACUGUCAACUCCGUUUACGAAUCCCUGCGCAAAGUACUCGAACCCGAGGCGAUGGAAAACGCCAAACGAGUGUCAUUCUCCUAUCGAAAUCGCCCAAUUAGUUCCUUACAGUCGGCUGUUUGGUGGUGUGAGCAUGUGGCCGCCACCGGAGGUCUUCCACUGGCACAGUCCUACUCCAGUGAACUUCCGUGGUACCAAUAUCAUCAGUUCGACGUAUACAUAGUGACGAUCACCUUCCUGGCGAUCUACCAUGCGUGCUGGAUAUGGCUGUUUAAGCGUGUCUGCUGUCGAGGCGUUUCAGGCUUUAGUGAUGAAAAACUCAAAACUAACUAAACA